GAUUCGCUUUCGCGAAUCGUUGUACAAAGGAGGCAUUGCGUAGUAGCGAAGCGUACUGUAGUUCAUCUUGGUCGUAUUUCGAUUUUUCUCUACACGUUGCAGCGAUCCCUUUGUGUGUUUUAUAGUCUCAAAUAUUGACCCCCUCUAUUUUCGUUCAUCCACAACCGUCUUCUUUUUCCUAUUUGCGCGUUCGACUGGAUAUCCUUUCGUGCCGGUGGCCGUUGCGGUGGCAGCUAUCCUUCUGGUGCUCUGUGGUUCGUGCUGUUCGUGCGCGCAAUGUCGGCUGAAGUAUCUGAAGCAGGAGAUGUGGCAGGCAACUGCGACACCGGCGGAGACCUCGACUUCACCGCAGACGUCACGGACACGAAGGACUGGGAUAAUGAGACACCGCUUGAGCAAACGCCCUUGGAGCACGAGUAUGAGAACGCACAGAACGGGGGUGCUGUCAGUGCUGAUGCUGAAGCAGGUGUGGUUGACGAGGGGGAACAGGCUGAAGCAACUGCACCAGCUGAUGGAGAAACUGAAAUGGUAGAGGAGGAAAAACAAGAUGAAACAGUUCUGACAUCUGCUGAAGGAGCAGAGGAAGAGUGUGCAGGUGCUGAAACACAGGAGAACUCUGCUGAAAACAAAAGUGAGCUGUCUUACACUUGUGACAUGUGCAAAGAAACAUUCCAAGAGACGGAGGAGGAGCACUUGAAGGGGCGGAAGCACCUCAAGCUGUUGGAGAGACUUGAAAAAUUUGGCAGUCUGGAAGCAGUUAAUGCCGAGUUCCAGCCUAGCAUAUGCUACCUGUGUGAUGUGUCAGCUGUCAGCAAGUCGCAAAUGACGAUGCAUGUCAAAGGAGCCAGACACAGGGCGCGUUGUGCCAACCUCAAGCUUCCCCCUUCGGCCUUAGAUCUUCCAGGGACGAACCGCCCCCCAGUUCUGCCACCCAGUGCACCCGAGAGCAAGUCUGCUGGACCUCCUGAUCCAAAUGCUGUGUUGCCAGAGAGGCCUGUAUGUGAUGUCUGCAACAUAACAUUGAGCUCUGUACAUCAGCUUGUGCAGCACCUCAGUGGCAAGCGACACAAGGAGAUUGUCAUUGCCCUUAAGCUAGCAGUUAUGAGACUUCCACACAAUUUGAGACCUGCCCUGUUGAAGUCAGUGCUCCGAAAGAACGAUGGCAAGCCACCACCUGGCCCUGCCGUGAAACCAGCAGCUCCUGCUCCAAAGCCUGGCAAUGCUGUCCAGGGACCUGCUGCAAAAGGAGUAAAGAGGCCAGCACCUCCAGCUGGUGGACCUACUUCUGUACCAGCCAAGAAACAGAAGCCAGAGCCAAAGCCAGAGAAAAAGCAAGACCCAUCGCAAGGUGCAGCGGCCUCAACAGCACCUUCUGGGUCACCUGCUGCCAAGAAGCUGUUCUCGUGUGACAUCUGUAACAUCAAACUGAAUUCUGAAUUUCAAAUGAAUGAGCACGUGAAAGGCCGGGUGCACAAGGAUCGGGCUGCCGAGCUGAAAGGGGGACCAGGAGCUGGUGUCAACAAGCCUGGAGGUCCACAGCUGAAAACUGGGCCACAGCAGGGUGCUCAAUUAGGCAACAAAUCACAAAAUGCUACUGGUGGAAAACAAGCUCAAAAAGUAAAGGGCCAGCAGCAGCCAAAACCAGGUGGGGGGGCUGCUCCAUUCUGGUGUAAUGUCUGUCAACUCGCCAUCAAGACUGAAUUUCAGUUCACUCAGCAUAUGGGAAGUAACCGUCAUCGUGAAAGCUUGGCUCGUGUUGGAAGAGGACCAGUUCCUCCUGCUGCAGCGUUCAGCAAAAGUAGCUUCGACGGGGCCCAUUUUCCGGGUGCAAAUCAACGUGAAUUUGUACCAAGCAGCAGACAGUACUGGGACAGACCACAGCCUUCUGGCAGCUUUGAUGAUCAUUUUAGGGCACCUGCCCAACAUCCUUCAAGCCUGUGGGAAAACCCUCCUGUCCAGUCACAAUGGAAGAGCGCCGUCUUGCCUGCUCCUGCCCCACCAGUUCCGAGCCAGAGGCCCCUCGAGCCAGCACCAAGCACCAGCUUUGGUCUCUUGGACCCUCCUGUACAAACCCCACGGGAGCAAGGGCCUUACGGUCUGUCUUCAACACAACAGUUUUCAAAGCUUCAGCUAGACUUGGCAUUAGAGAUCAGCAAGCUGUCUCAGCAUCUGGCUAGGCCAGAGUUCAGCAAGGAGCUCGGUCAACAUCUAAGCCAUCAUAUAACCCAGGAACUGAGCCGCCAGCGGCAGAUGGCCCCUGAUGUGAAUCACCCAGUCAGAGAAGAAGACUUCAGGCCAGAUGAACGCCCACUGCUACAUAGUGAAAGAUUGCCAUUGCUUGGUGACACGCCGCCACUGCUCGAAGAGCGCACAUUCCUUCACGACAAGGCUCCUCUCCUCCAUGAUAGAGGUCCGCUUCUGCGUGAUUCUUAUGACGACCAUACACCAAGACGGCCAGCACUGCUUAGCGAGUCGAGACCAGUCUUUGGUGAUCGAGAGCAGGAUUAUCGCAUUGAGAGAAGAGAUGAGAGAAGACCCGGAAUUGAUAGUUAUGGAGAGAGGAGGACCCGUGACUACCUCGAUGACUAUGGCAAAGCUUACAGUGGCACCCAUGACCGUGAUCUGCCACCUCGAAAGUCUGAUGAUUAUCGACGAAGUACACAUUCAUCAUCUGGAGGGCUUCUUGGCAGGCCUCCUCUGCUAGGCUCUCGCUACUAAUCAUUGUGUGUAUUUGUCACUGGCUUUGAGAACAUUUCUGUUCCUUCUUCAAGCAUCUUUUCACCUUUGGUAUUGAUCAUGUUUUUCUGUUUAUCACUGGGUUGACAAGCAUUCUUUUAUAAAGUGUCCUUUGAGGACUUAGGUUAGGUGUGUUUGUGUGGAAUAAACAUAAGACUUACAUCUGUGGUGCUCUCUUUACAAACUGGAAUGGUAAGUGAUUUACAUACAGGGUUGUGUGUGUUCGUUCUCAGAAAAUUGAUGUACUGUUAGGAAAAGUUUGCGUAUAACUGUGGAUGCUUUCCUGAGUUUUCUUGCCCUCAGCUUUUGCAAGAAACUUGGUUAUGCUAGCAUAAGCUGAAGCAAAAGUUUCUAUAAAUUGUGUAGGAUCAGAACCUACCCACUUGCACACGUUGAAGUGUCAGACAUGCUAAAUGACUAAGGGGAAAGAACAUAAGCUUAAGUUUACAAUUUAUGUGGACUCUUGUACGAUGCUUUCAUACGACGAAGUAUUAAUACAGUGAACUAGAAUAUAUGGGCAGUGUGCCGACUGACGCGUGCCACGUCUUGUAACGUGUGUCGCACAAAGUGGUGUUUGUAGUGGUGGUGGUUUCGUCGCUCACUAUUGAAUGUGUCUAGAAAAUGUAGCUCCAACCAUGGCCGGUCUGGAGCGCACAUCUGGUCAGACACCAGUGCUACCACUACUGCCAACCCAAAAUGGGUCAUGCAGAGGCGCCAGGUCACGCCAAGUUUCUAGUACACUCUAGUAUUAUGUCCCGAUUCGUGAUGCCUAAUGGUACCAGAAAAUAAGGAUCAUGUAGUCAUGCAUUGUGUACCGCUUCCAAUGUGCCAUUCCACCAUGAUUUCUUGUAUUCUAGGUGUACUUGUAAAGAGGCCAGAUAACUGUAGGCUUGUCAAAACUGCCCAGGCCCUGUCAAACCAGAACCAAUGAAAUUAAAUGCCAUUAUUUAACCAUG